AGUCGUAUAGCAUACGCAUCAUUUCUAUAAAUUAUCAUGCAAUCCAUUUAAUCUUUACGAACAAAGGUCCGAAUUUACAUAUGGAUUUGGCACUCUCAAAUAUCCGUAAAUAUUAUUCUUUUGUUCCAGUAAAUAUCAUAAAAAGAAUUUAUCGGUCCCGAAUAGAAAGAUUGAGGGUGCUGAUGAUUAAUGAUAUUCCAGGUGAUAUUCGAUGGUUGAUUGAAGCAAAAGUUCGAUUGUCGGGAGAGUUUCCAAAUUCAUACAAAUAUAUGCCAGGUAUGGGUAAGAGUACUUUUGCAAAGAAACGAAGAGCUAAACGAUUAGGUGGAUGCUACAAAUGUGCUCGAUGGACUUGUGACACACGAUGUAAAUCUGUGGGGUUCGUGUCCAAAAAUCGAGAAGAUAAAAUAGCAUUUAUAAAGGAUGGAUUGAGUAAGGA